CAACAUGGCGACGGUGGAUGUCAUUGUGGACAACUUGGUGUCUCUGUGGAGGAUUCCGGCCGUCCGACAGAACUUUCCCUGGAUGUUUCUCCUCAUUUCCGCGGUGGGAUCCAUCGGGAAGGAGCUGGAGCUCGUCCCGCAGACUUACUUCAGCAGCAGCAGAAAUGCCCUCAAUGUGUAUUUUGUCAAAGUGUCCUGGGGAUGGACGCUGCUGCUGCUGACGCCCUUCCUCCUCCUCUCCAACUCCUCCUUCAGCAGGAGCGUCUCCUUCCUGGGCCGUCGGCUGCUCUCUCUGGUGGUGGCGACCGCCGUGUGGUACGUCUGCACGGAGACUUUCUUCUACAUCGAGGACGCCACCGGCUCGUGUUUCGAAGACGACGGGUUGACCGUCGUUAAUGCGGAGUUCACGAGCAAAGCGUCCUGCAGGCGGGCGGGCCACUACUGGCACGGUUACGACAUCUCGGGACACUCCUUCAUCCUGGCCUACUCCUCUCUCUUCAUCAUGGAGGAGAUAGCUCCAAUGGCGUCGCUGAAGACGGCCACUCUGUCCGCGCUGCCCAGAGCGGUGCUCAACCUGCUGUACGUGGCCUUGAACCUGAUCGUAAUCAUUUGGGUCUGGAUGUUCGCCUGCACCUCCGUCUAUUUUCACGACCCGUCCCACAAGUUGCUCGGGACCAUUUGCGGCCUGCUGGGUUGGUUUCUGACGUACCGGGUUUGGUAUCUGAGCCCUCUGUCACCGGGACUGCCCCCCCAGCGCCACCCCAAAGAGCAGAAACAACACGCUUGAAGUGAACCCGCAGCUCCGCCGCUCACGCCGCAGCCACCCUCCAGACAGCACACUACAUCCGGCGUUAUUCGGGUCCAAGCCGGCCAAGCUAUUUUAAGAGAUUCAAAGUUAUUCCGUCCUCAGGGAAAGGUCGCUUUCUCUGAGGAGACCCGCAGUUGUUCUGCUCCAUUUGGCAGCUGCUGAUCCCAACGUGGCUCUCACUAAUCUGAGAUCAAAGCAAGACGCUGCUCCGCCGUCCAGCUUCAGUCUCUGUGGUCGUCGCACGCUGCAGUGAUGUUUUGUCUGCCUUACGAAAUCUUCGCUUUUGUUCAAGUAAUUGCAGUUUUUAGGUACAAGUGGGAACACUUGACAAUGUUUACAAUGUGUGUUUUUACAGACCAAUGUUGUGUAUUUGGGAAAACUACCUUCAGAACAGAGUGGAUCCUGCUUCGGAUUCACAUUGGCUGACAAUUUAUGGUAACUUCGUGUCAACAAGUUGUAUGAAGUGUUUGUUCAGAGGAUGUAAAACUUGAAGAAUAGAGGAUAUGAGGAUCAUUUUAAUAUAUUUUAUUUGGUGGCAAUAGAGAUAAAGGGUUAGCUUAUAAGUUUAGAGAGGCACAUGAGAUUUAUUUUCAUUUUCUCAUUUGAUUGCUUUGGUCUAAUGUCAUAUAAUACAAGGUGGUAUUUUCAGGGACUGAAUUUGUCCACUAAGCUCCACCCAAAAAAGGGGAAAUAUAUAUAAUUCAAAAUGCCGCAUUUGGUGUUUGGUUAUCUGAAUUGUUUUGCCUAAAUUAGAUUUCCUCUAAAUCUAUGUCUAACUUACUUUUUGCAAACAGCCUAUUUGUCUGUUCUUUUGGUUCGUAGUUGCAUUGAUUGAGAUUGAGUGGAUAAAUUACCUGCUUCUGCAGACUACUGCGCCGUGUAGUAACUCAGAACGUUUCACUUGUUUUUCUCACUAUUGACUAUUGAAGUGAAACAAAAAAAAAGGUUUUUUGAUUUCUAGAACAGCAGCUUUGAAUUGCAAUUUCCAGUUGUAAAGCACUUUGAUGUUUGAUGUUAAAGAAUUGUCAGUCACUGGACAAUAGAUACACUAAUUUAUUUCUUCCAUUUUCCUAAAUUAUAUAAAGUAUUUCCUGUCCCACAAAUACUGACUAAUACACCAAGCUUGUAUUAUAAAUGUAAAAAUGCCUUUAGAAAAGACUGUAGUGUCAUUAUUCACUUUAGGGAAUGUAGGACUGUUUAAAGGGACAUAUAAUUCAGUUUUCUGCUUUUUCACAUUCUGCAGUUUCAUUAAAACAGUUUUUACAAAAGUCUGAUUGACUGCAGGACGUGUUUCUUCUCACAGCCAGCAUGCAGCAAGAGCUAUCGGUGUUUCUGUGCAUAUAAGAUACGACCAUAUCAGGAAAUUAGUUUGUGACCAGUAUGUUGUACUAAUUAUUUAACACUUUGGUCACAGUUAGAUACAAACGUAGCAUUAUUUGUGCAGUGGGAAAACUUGGAAAUCAUAUAAUAAUCUCCAGACUAUAAGUCACAUUUAUUUUUCAGUUUCGAGAUGCAACUGCAGCGUCGGUAAGCUUCUACCAGCUUUUCAUCCACAAUUUGAUUUUAGUUCAUUACAGUAACAGUUUCUCUGCUUCUCUUUAGUCUUUUACAGGUUUCUCAGACUCUUUGAACUGUUUCUGCUGGAUAUUUGAUCAUUUUUAGCUUAUAUUAAUAGAGGUUUCAUCUUUUGGUUCUGUAGCAGCAUUCUGUUGUUAAGCAGUGACAUCUAGUGGUUCGAGAUGGUAUUACCACUAUAACACUUUUUAAGAUAAGUGGUAUAAGUGUGACUUAUAUCCUGGAAAAUAUGGUAAUUUGUCCAAACUACAGUUUGUGAGAGGAUGAAUUAUUUACUGUGCCUUAAACCACGUUGUGUUCACCCUGUGGCUUCUUCAUUUUCGUAUGGCUAAUUUCUUAUUUAUCAGUGAGAACAGGCAUAUUGCAAACUUUAAUGAAUUAUGUUUCCAUGCUCUGUGUUUUCAAAAUGAGAGAAUUAAAAAAAAAAAAAAA